UGACUCGGAUGAAUCCCAAUAAUGAGAGCAUACGUUUAUUAGUAAGAACAAAAACGUGAUUUUACUGCUGUGAAUCGCUGCUCUUAUUGAUCGAUUUGAAGCUAACAUCGUUCCAGUGACUGAGUCCCAUACUUGAAUCGUGUGGGAGACUGAGACAGGUAUAUCAAGAUAACUGGUUUGUUGAGGUUUGACACAGUUGCUAGCCCCAUUGUUGCUCUGUAACCGGAGAGUCAGUAUAUCAAAGAAGCAUUACUUGAAACUCGGUCUCUAACCUACUAUGAUUCCAGUCGACAUUCAGAACGUCAACCAGCAACUGCCAUCUCCGCCAAAAAAGAAAGGGUGUUAUGUUGCUAACUCUGUCACAAUCGUCCCACAACUAUCGCCUGUGUUUAUGUAGCGAAUAACAGAAAACUGGCAAAUUGGCUUUAGGCUAAUAGUCAAUCAAAUGUGUUUAAACUGUGAAAGUGCAAUCAUCAGCCUGCCGGCAAUAGCAAAGAUGAAAGAAAGGACGAUUCGUUUGUUUGUGUGUCUGUUGUGGGUGUGCUGUUGGGCCAAUAUCGAGGUAGCCGGACAAAUUCAAAGCGAUGCCGUUCAAGUGUACCAGAAAACCCCAUUGACAAAAUGCUGUAAAGAUGGCGAAUUCUACAGACCUGGACUCGACAGGUGUUUAUAUCGGACUCACAUCCCUAAUCCGGGAUCGAGAAUCCCCGUGCUCUACGCAGUUGAAAAAGAGGAAACAUUCCUGGUGGACGCGGAUGAAUUCCAUUUGAGUUACAAGUUGGCUGCCUGUCGAAUAGGAAAAAUGGCCACCAGCACCAUGGAAUUCCAAGUGUUUGUCGACGGAUCGUUAAAGGUCACAGAUGCACUGGUUUUACCACCUGGCCAGUUUUGUGUCAAUGAAAUCCCGUCGGUAGAUCCUGCCAACCCGGAAUUUGUGGCUCGUUAUUGUGUUAACGAUCCUUGUAUGGAGGACAAGACCAAAUGCCUCCGCAAGUGCUGUCCACAGGGAUUGGCCAUCGACAGUGCAACACACUCGUGCCGGGCUCAUCCUGCUCCGUUUAAUCUGUCCCAAUUGACACGGAAAUAUGGAGGACCGAUCGAGGACAAGGACACGCUGACCAUUCACGCUGGGUUCGGAUUCAAAUGCCACAACGAAGAUAUUGUUAUGGUUGAUAAUUUUGCCAUAAAUCACGAUGGAUUAAUGCAACCCAAUCGCCAUUUUUAUCACUUUGAUAAAGCAGGAGACCGUCCCACUGACAAAUAUUGCAUCGACAAUUUCGUUGAAGGAAACACAACCAAAAUGAUGGGACUUAGAUGCUUCCCACCGAUGCCAGAGGUUCCCGAAAGCCUCAUAAAGGCAUCAAGCAUUUAUCCUUACCUGUUGUUCUUGUCGGUGUUAUUCCUGUCGGCUACUUUGGUGGCCUACUUCCUUGUUCCGCAAUUGCGUGAUACAACGGGAAUAAUCGUCAUGUCAUACGUCAGUUCUAUGGCCGUCUACUAUAUGGGAUUGGGAAUUAUUCAGCUCUUUCCGGAAAUGCCGAAAAUAAUUUGCUCUUCUUUGCCGGUAUUGGUCCAUUUCGCCUGUUUGGCUACCUUCGCAUGGCUCAAUGUUUUAUGUUUUGACCUUUGGUGGGAUAUCAGGAAAUCGAUCAAUGCAGACGAAGACCAGAGUCGCCAAAGCCAACAGUCCGGAGACACGCAAAGACGACGACUAGUGUUUUAUUCCUUCUACGGUUGGGGUGUGCCGGUUAGCAUCAACAUCAUCGGACAAGUUCUCGAGAAUGUCCAGUUUUUGCCGGAGCAUAUUGUCACGCCCAAAUUUGACCAAUCACAAUGCUGGUUCUUAAUUGAAAACCGUCCUCCACUAUUCGCCUACUUGUACGGACCAGUGACGAUCAUGUUACUAGGAAACGCGAUUGUCGUUAUCAUGAUUGUGUUCGCCUUGUGUAAAAUCAGCAGAUAUAGCGAGGAGGCGCCCACCAUCGUCCUUCCAAAUCUUUCAGGAGUGCGAAUCUCGAUGGGCUUAUUCUUGUUGAUGGUGGCCCUGUGGAUGACCGAUUCCAUCUCGUUACUCACAGAGCAAUCUUUACUAACUUGGGUGAUUGCUGACACUGUCAACAUUUUAACGGGAGUCACCAUUUUUGUCAUCUUUGCCUGCAAGAAACAAGUCUGGCAAGCGCUGAGGAAACGUUGGCCUCAUUGCUGCUUUCUGGGUCAACCUCCUAGCCGACGUCCGAUUUUCCCGAAAUCGCAAAUCUCCGAAAUGCCGUCGGUCCCUUCCUUGUGCGAUAAUACUGGAUCUCGUUUCAUCAUUUACAAUUCAAAAAUUUUCCGCCAAUCCGAAUUGGCUGGCGAGUUUUCUUCCACGUCACAUGGUGAUUUACCAUCUAGUUACAACUCUAAUUCGAGUGACAAUCAUGAUUUGGACGAGGACAUUGAAAUCGACGUCGACCUGUGGAACGUCGAUUUAGAUGCUAUUCAGGUGGACACUUCCAGGGGAAGUAGACCGGUAGACGAGAGGGAACACGUCAUAGUAUGAUAGAAUUAAGUUAACUACCAAGGAACAAAAAGGAUACUUUCAUAAACUCGGAUUCGUGACAAAACGGUUUAUUAGAACUGCGUAAU